GAGAGAGAGAGAGAGAGAGAGAGAGAGAGAGAGGAGGGAGGGAAUUCGUGCGAAGGAAAACUUUGCUUUCUCUGGUACGAGAAAGAGCACGGAGAGGACAAAGCGAGGGUUUUGCGAAGAGAGAGAGAUGCAGUGAUAUAGAAAGAAGAGAAAAAGAAUUUGAGAUGGAGAGAGAAAGGGUCUAGAGAAAGAAAGAGGGGUUUGGAACAUAGUAAGUUAGCUCUUGGUUUUGAAGUUCGAGUUCCGUUCUCUCUCUGAAGCUUGAGCUAGGGUUUCAUACGCUGAAAAUAGGAUUGGCAUACUGCCAUUUGGCAAUUGUGGUUGGAAAGUCGGUCUUUAUUAAUUAUCUUCUCAAUAGCGCAUUGAAAGAAUGGGGUAGACUGUGAAUAAUAAAUAAAAUUUCUCUACCGUCCAUUAACAAAGCUGAAGUUAAAUGUAUUAGCAUGACACAAGGAUCUCUUUGAAUACUGGCAGGCGAGACAUUAUGACGCUCGAGGACUUCUUCACCUUGACUGAGAUGAAAGAUGGGUUCACAGCUCCAGCUCGAGUCAGGGAGCUAGUCACUGUAAUGCAGAAGGAGAAAGAUUGUAUUGUGAAGAACGUUGGCGAAGCAUCCCGGCAAUGGUCUACUGUUGCGAGCACUGUAGCAGCCACUGAGAAUAAGGACUGUCUGAAUCUUUUCAUUCAAUUAGAUGGACUAUGGUUUAUGGAUAGGUGGCUCAGUGAUGUUCAGAAGUUUGGUAGUGACACAGGUGGUGGCUUUGUUGAAGAGUCAGUUAUUGCAUUAUUGCAAGCACUUGAAAAGUUGCAUAUAGACCAUGAGAAGUCAGUUUCUUCUGGUAUCUGGAUGACUGUCAAGAAUCUUCUUGGCCACUGUAAUUCCAGAAUUCGGGAUAGUGCUAGAGCUUUAUUUGAUAACUGGAGACAAGAUAAAGACAGUGGUGCAGUUCCCCAGCAGGUUGAAAAUUAUGACGAGAUUCUUGCUGAUGAGACAAAAGAAAGUGCAAACCUUGCUGGUGAGAGUGGACAUCCAGAAUCUUCUUCCAGGGAUAUUUCUCUUUCCAGAGGAAGUUUUAAUGAAGAAAAACAUGUAGAACCUCCCAGUGAAGAUAUCAUGACAUCGACAAACUCUGAUGCUAUUCAGUCAGAAAGUGUAGAUAAUGAACAGGCCCACCAAACUUUGGACCAUUCAGUCAUGAGCAAUGGUCCCCUAGAUCCAGUGGGCUCCUCGGUCAUGUCAAAUCCUGUUAAGGAAACCCUUCCUAUAAAGGAAGAGUGCCUCAUGAAUUGUUUAGAGGGUACCACUUUAAUUCAAACUGGUAUUUCUGCUGUUCCAAGUGUAGGCCCUGUUGAACGGGAGCUAGAUAUUCCUGGGUUGAGUGAUUGUGCUGAUGAUGCCAAGCAGAUGCCAAAGAUCAGAAAUUCUCUUGAGAAAAUAGGUUCAAUGGCAAUUUCUGCGGCCAGUGGUUCGUUGGAUCACAGAUCUCCUUCUCAAGGUGUAGAUGCUGUGAAUGCAUUGGAGUCUUUGACAGGACCUGGUUUAGAAAAAUACAUUGAUGGCCGUGACAAAGACCAUUGUCUAAAAGCUUCUCCUUUUGAUAGUGUGGGAGUGGGAGUACAUUUAUCUGUAGGAAAGAGUGGGGCUGAUGAUAUGAGGUCUUUAAAUAAUUGCAGAAGCACAUUGGCAUUUCGAACUUCAGAUCAAGGUGGUAAAUGUAAUAUUGAUGUGUUGCAGGACUCUCCUGGCAAUAAACCAAAAUUGGGAAAAACUGAGGACCCAGGGAUUGAAGAUGACGGAGCAGUUGAACGUAGGGUGAGCUCUAGUGAUGAAAGUGAGGGUGAUCUGGCAAAUGAGUCUGAUUUUAACACAGGAACAAUGGAUGCCCGAAAUUCUGAUCUAAUUGUUAGGAGUUCUGACAUUGUGCUCGACUAUGGUAUAGUAGAUCCGCUUGAAGUUGCUCGACAAGUAGCAAUAGAAGUGGAGAGAGAAGUCGAGGAUUGCAGGGAACCAAGUUGCAGUUCUUCUGAGAAAAUGUCAGGAGGCGGAAUUCAGCAGCCGGAUAGCCCAGACUCAAUAAAUGGGAAACAAUGCCAACCAAUUGAGGGCCCACCUAAGGAGGUGCCAAGUGGACCAGAUCUGUCUGCUGAGGAUUCGCCGGUAAAUAGUGCAGUAAACCUAGAUGCUAAACCAAUAAAUGCCAUUCAAGAUACAGAGUCCUCUCAAAUUACUCAGGCGGCUCAAGAACCAGAUGCUAACGUAGAGAAAAGUUCUUGUGAUUUUGAUCUGAAUCAAGAAGUUUGCUCUGAGGAUAUGGAUUGCCAGUUGAACCAUAUCUCUACUCCCAUCUCUAUUGUUUCCGCUUCAAGGGCUGCUGCACCUUCUGGGUUGCCUUUUGCUCCUUUGCAAUUUGAAGGAACUCUUGGAUGGAAAGGAUCUGCUGCAACUAGUGCUUUUCGUCCAGCAUCACCUCGUAGAAAUAAUGAAGGUGACAAAACUCUCUCUGCUGAAGGGAGCCACAGCAGUUCAAGGCAGCGGCUCGACUGUCUUGAUAUUGAUUUGAACGUGGCUGAAUGUGGAGAUGACAAGACCACAGAUCUUCUACCUGGAAAACAGAUCCAGCUAUUAUCUGGCCUUCCUUCAGGGGAAUCUUCGUUGGAAGCUAGUCCAAGAAGAUCAGAUAGGCUCAAGUUGGAUUUGAACCGUGUGAGUGAUGAUGGUGAUACUCCAUCAGAUUGGAGGAUGGAAAGACAAUUCUUUCACCAUCGGAAUGGCCAUCACAGUCGAUCUCCUUCUUCUUCAUCGUCAUCAAAGCAGCCUUUCCUGAGGAACAUUGAUCUGAACGACCAGCCAACUUUUCUCAGCGAUUCUUCAGAUCAUCCUUAUUUUGGUAAGUCAUUUCAAAACUUAAAUGCUUUUGGAGAGCUUAAACCAGAUGACUCUGCAAUAUCCAUUUUUGGUACACGAGUGGAGGUCAAGCGGAAAGAUUUGAUUUCACAAACUCUGCCCUUGCCAAACGGCAGGAUUCCAGAGCCGUCCAUGGAUGUUAAUUUGGCGAGAAGCGGGGGUGUUUUGUGUAUGGGAUCCACUGUGCCUAAUGCACUUUCUCCUAUUUAUGGCUACAAUGCCCUUUUGUCAGGGCCUACUAUGCCUUUCUCCUCGUCGACCAUGUAUGGACCUGGUUGCCCCGUCACUUACAUGGUAGAUUCAAGAGGAGCCCCUGUGAUACCUCAAAUUGUGGGCUCUCCUUCAACUCUUCCGCCCGCCUUCUCUCCAGCACCAUAUAUUAUGAGCAUGACUGGCCCUCAUGGAUCAAAUGGGCCUGGACCUUCACGUCCUAACUUUGAUCUGAACUCCGGCUUGAUGAUUGAGGUGGGAAAUAGAGAAUCUGGGGGUUUGAGACAACUUUUCAAUCCCAGUCAGACAAGGUCAAUGGAUGAGCAUUUGGGUGCCAGCUCACAACCAUCUUCCAGUUCUGGUGUUGGUGGGAAACGCAAAGAACCAGAUAGUCAGUGGGAGCCCUACCGUUUCAACUUUAGAAAUCAGCCACCAGCAGGGAGAUAGAGUUUUUAUUCAUCUGGGCUUCCUCUCUUGGAAUCAGUUUAGGAACUAAGAAGAACUAGCUAGUUCUUGUAUAGCCAUAGAUAAUGCUGAGAGCAGAUGAGCCUAUUUGAUUGAGUGGGAGGACCUGGGGUUUGAGAUAGCACUGAAUAAAGAUAGGGAUUAUGGAUGUAAUAUGAUUCGUGAGAUUAAUUGCCAAAGAAGGAUAGAAUAUAGGUUUAAUCGUUUCAAAUGGUUUGUUUUCUUAUUUUACCUUCCUGUGUUUCAUAGAUGGCCAUUGCUUGACAGAGAACUUGGUACAUGUAGCUGUAAUCUUUCCCAUAUUUAUCAAAAGGAAUCUAGA